AUCUCUAGUCGAUGUUUUUGUGGGUACUUGUGUUAUCAAAAUCAACUUAUGUGUUAUUUUAGAAAAACAGUUCCUACUUCAUUUAAGUAUCACCAUUAGUAAUUUUAAUAUGUCUUUAAAUCUUGACCUAAUAAUCGUUUUAACUAUGUCGAAAGAACUUUAGAAAUGGAAAAAAUAUCGUAUGUACUCUUGAUAAUCUUAUGCAAUUUAUUCUCUUUAAUUACAUGUUUAAAUAUAGUACGGCCAAGAGGUGUUCCAUUUGAAAGAGCUUCCUUGUAUAGACCAGAAAAGGACUUUUCAUGUUUUGAUGGAAGUAUUGUGAUUCCGUUUUCAUUUGUAAAUGAUGACUACUGUGAUUGUCUAGAUUCAAGUGAUGAACCGGGUACCUCGGCAUGUCCUAAUGGCACAUUCUAUUGUACAAAUGCUGGACAUACAUCUCUUGUCAUACCAUCAUCAAGAGUAAACGAUGGAAUUUGUGAUUGUUGUGAUGGUUCAGAUGAAUGGGCUUUUGAUCAGAAAAAAAGUCCAUGUGGCAGUACUUGUGAACAACUUGGACGUGCAGCUAGAGUAGAAGCAGAAAGAGUUCAACAAAUGUAUGUGGCUGGAAACGAAAUUCGCGCUCAACUUAUAGGUAAAGCAAAAGAACAACGUGCUGAAAAACAAAAUAAAAUAUCUGAUCUGCUCCAGCAAAAACAUGACGCUGAAGUAAUUAGAAAUCAGACAAUGAAAGAAAAAGAGGAAGCUGCAAAUAUAGAAAAAACUGUACUUAAUACAUAUCAUCUAGUUGAGGAAUUAACAAAAAAACAUCAAGAUGAAGCAAAACAAGAGAAAGAUAAAAUUGAAGCACAAAACGCAUUUAACUCGAUAGACACAAAUAAAAACAAUAUAAUUGAUGAAGAUGAAGUAGGUGCUUACAGUACAUUUGAUCAAAAUAAAGAUGGUACAAUUUCGCAAGAUGAAAAAGAUUAUAUUAUGCAAAAUAAAAAAAAACUUAGUUUAAACGAUUUCAUGUCGACUGGGUGGACACGUCUAAAAAAAUUAAUAAUAUUCAGUUCAUUCACAAACGAGCAAUCCGAAAAGUCUAUUGAAAGAAUUGAUGACAAACGAGUCGAUGAUGAAACUUCAAAUGACGGUGUUGAACAUUUAGAUAUUGAUCAUUCUAUAGAUAAGCCACAGUACACUAAAAAUAUACAACUUAUCAUUGAGAAAGCUAGAAAAGCUCGUGAAUCAUUUGAAGAGGCUGAUAGAAGAAUCAGAGACAUACAACGAGAAAUAUCCCACUUACAGGAAUCAUUAACAAAAGAUUAUGGACCAGAAGAUGAAUUUGCAACUUUAGAUGGAGAAUGUUAUGAAUUUGCUGAUCGUGAUUAUGUGUACAAAUUAUGUCUAUUUGAUCAAGUUACUCAACGCCCAAAAAAUGGCGGUUCUGAAGUAAGGCUGGGAGCAUGGAAUAAGUGGAUUGGAGAACCAAAAUAUCAUACCAUGUUAUAUGAUAGAGGUCAGUCGUGUUGGAACGGUCCUCCACGGUCUACUCAUGUUCAUUUAAUUUGUGGUUUGGAACCAGCUAUAAUAUCGGCAUCAGAACCUAAUCGUUGUGAAUAUGCCAUGGAUUUUGUUGUACCGAGUGCAUGUACCCAACCUGACGAAAAAACCCAAGUUUCUGAACAUGAUGAACUUUAGUAUAAAUUUUAAGUUGGAACCCUAAGCAAUAUGUUUUUUUUUUAAUCAUGCAAUAUGUUUUUUCUUACAGAAGAGCAUGUAUUUUUAUGAGUUGAGCAAUUUGAUGUUGAUAAUUUGUUAAUUAUGAUAUACUAUGAUUUAAUCUCUUUGUUUGAAUUACUUUAUUAUUAUUAAAUCUUAAUUUAUUUGUCAUCUAUUAACAAGAUUUAGAAUCACAACAGAAAUGUAUUUUUUUUUUUAAAUUGGCAGUACAAAAAUGUC